GAUAAUGUUUGUGCUAGUUAGACAAUUAGACAUAAAAAUGUAUUUUACCUGAAAUAUAUCUAUGAGCAUAAACUUUAUAUAAAUAUAUUAUUAUUUCCUUAAGUUAUUGAACCACAACUAAGUCUUGUGAAAGUACAUCAAAGAGAAAGUGAACAUGUUAGCUGCAACAUGUACACAUUCACAUUGUGUGUCUAUAACCAACCGGUUAACUGCUGAGCCUGCACAAAAAACUUUCUUUAACCUACUUUCAUAUUCUCGCAAGCAUCUUUACCAUUUACAGUCAGGCUGUCAGUUCUGCAGUGUGCUUAGUUAGGUGGUCAGUAGUGGUGUGUGCCCUACCAUUGUGAUCCCAAUGUAAUCCCUGGCCAGUGGUGGGAUAUUCUUGUGGGGGAACACAGUGCUGUUGAUAAUUAAAGUGGAACAGUGAUUCAUAUUUUUCUUCUCUCACUGUUGCUGUAACUGUGCUAUGCCGAAAAUGCCUACACAAGAUGAUCCUUGUGAAGAGGGAGAGAUGAAUUUUGCAUUUUCCACAGUGGGUGGUAGUGGAACACAUUAUGUUACCACCAGUGGACAGAUGCCGAAAAUGCAACAGAACACUAGUAAUUGCACACAAUUACCACAGGUGGUAGGCAUGGUGGGUGGUGUGAAUAUGGGGGAUGGGGUGCAGUACAUACGUACCUUGGAUGGUACUACCACCCUACAAGCAACACCACAGUUCAUCACAGUGCCUAUCCAGUUGCCUGGAACGAAACCAGGUGACCCGCAGCCAACAGUACAGAUACAAGUGCUAAGCCCCAACCUUGCGUUGCAGCAACAGCAGCAUAAAUAUCAAAUGCAGAUACCCAUACAAGGCUUUCAACAAGGUGGCGCUGUGUUAACAGUUGCAUACUCACCAGAAUCUAACGAAGCCUCCAAUGGCAUCCAGCUUUUGGGAAACACAUUACCUGAAGGUCUUCAAGUGGUGACAGCCAUGCCGUCUGACACUCUUCAGCUGAUGCAGCAAGACAAUAAGGAGCAGAUUCAACAAAACCUGCAACACCAGGUGUUCAUAACUCCGAACAACCAGAUUAUAAUAAGCAACACGGAGGAGGGCAAGUCGUUGAUCAACAACAACACAAGUAUCAACAACAAGAAUGAAAUGGACAUCGUCAUCAAGGAGGAGUGCAAUGAUGAUGAUGAGAGCUCCCAGGGUACGGAGAACAGUGACGGGGUGCCGUGGAAAUUGGAGCACAUCUCGCCACAUCUCGUCAAAUACCUGAACACACUGCCUCCACAGCAAACACAAGCGCUGCCGGUUUCGUUGCAACAGUUUCUCCGUCUCAACCCGACCGACAGCAAUAAGUCAGCGAACAAUAUGGUGCAGAUUGAGAUCAGCCCGCUCGCUGUCAACAAUGACGCGCAGAAUGAGGUGGAUGUUGAACUCGAAGGGGAAGACGCAGCGAAGAAGAAAAAGAAGAAAACGUACAAGAAGAAGCCGGCGGCGCCUCCGCGGCCGAAGCCCGGCAGCGUGGUGAUCUCGAUGUCGACGGACGGCGUGCCCAUCUACUGCUGCCCGCAGUGCACCAGCGCAUACACCGACAAGGAGCAGCUGGAGCUGCACCUGGCCUCGCACAAGAUCGAGAGGCGCUUCAUCUGCGGCAUCUGCGGCGCUGGGUUAAAGCGGAAGGAGCACCUGGAGCGGCACAAGCUGGGCCACAAUCCGGAGCGGCCCUUCGUGUGCACGGUGUGUGGCAAAGGGUUCAAGCGACGGGAGCACCUCAACCUGCACGUGGUGAUCCACUCGGGCGUCAAGAGGGAGAUGUGUGGCGAGUGCGGGAAGGGUUUCUACCGCAAGGACCACCUCAGGAAACACACGCGGUCACAUGAAAGCAAGCGUGCCAAGGAAGGAGCCAACUGUGAGGUUAUCGAGGUCAAGAGUGAGGGGAGCCAGCCGACCCACUCAGCAGAGAUCACUAUACACGUCCCGACGAGUUCGAAUAUGCAAGUGCCGGUUCAUAUCAACAUCCCGCAACACGUGAUGUCAUCGAUCGCGGCCGCACAAAGCCAGCCCGUUGCGGCCACAGACACGCAGCUCGACGCGUUACUCGCGCAGCACUCUUGACAGAUGCAACUGGAUGACGAUUCGGAGAUUUCAGACGAUUGCAACUGAGACCACAGAAUCUCAAUACUUGUGUGUGUUUUAAUACAAGAUGGCGCUGAAGGACUACCUGAGACCUGAUUGGUGGUUGCUAUGUGACAUCACUGUGUAGAGAUUUAAUAGUUUAUAAUUACUUACGUUAUAACGCACACUAAGCAUAGUGAGUAAUGAAAAAUUGUCUGUACAGUAUGUACUAUAUUAAGACUGUACCUACAGAUAGAAUUUAUUAUACUAAUUAAUGCCUCUAGCUGUAAGAAACGUUUUUUUUUCUAUGAUGAUGACGUACUUUUCUCUUAAUAUGAAUUAAUGUUAUCAUAGACAAGGGAAAUGUUAAUAAAAGUAACCAUCUAUGAAUUGAUUGAUUGAAAUUUAUAUAUUAUUAUAUAUCUUUAUAUAGUAUAAAAUCAUUGAUCAUAUCUUUAAAAUAAGUAACGCGGAUAUCACAAAUAGCAAUAAAAUAUAUAUUAAGGUAUUAAAUUUCUAACAGUAACUAUUUCGAAAAAUUACAGUAAUCACAAGCGAUAUUUUCAUUUUAUAUGUUUUCUGCGAAAGGAAAUGUAAAUGGUAUAAAUAAAAGUUUUUUUUUGCAUGUAAUAACUGCAUAAAUUUAGUUUGAUAAAAUUAUAUACUUAUAGUUUGAAGUGACCAUACAUUGUAAUUUGUAAUUAAGUUGUUUUUUCUAAGUAAAAUAUGUAUGAAUUUAAAAUUUAGAGAAAUUUAGAUUGAUUUGAUAAUAGAAAAAUAAGAUUCUUAGAUGCUUGCGAAUAUACAGCCCAAAAGCCAAUUAUGAGUUGAAGCGAUAGUAUAAUCCCGACAUAUUCUAUUUGGUGAUGAUUAUAAAGUAAACAGAAAUGUGAUAAUUAGUCAAUUAGCUGGAGUAAGUUGAAGACAUGUGUCAAAUGUUUAGUUGACGGGUGCAUUGUAUAGCGCGGUAUACGUAGCUCAAAAAGGAGUGAGCGGUAUUGCCGAUAUCGCGCACUUUUUCGCACUUAUAUACACAUUACAUACUUAUGUUAUAAUAUUGCAAAAUCAAUGCGCAACAAACAUAUCAUUGGAAAAGGAAUAUUUGAUAAAUUCAACCGUAAAAAUAGAGUUUUUGGGCCAAAAGAUAUUAUUAAUUAUUUAUAUUGUCACAUCACAUGUGUAAGUUAAUUUUGCGCAAUCUAAACAUGUUUUACACCCGUAACCAAUAUAAUUGAGUAAUUCUAACAACUUCUGACUUAGGUGAAGACCUUAUAUCGUUGGUUGGUCUAAUCUGUCAUUUGGGCUGUGUGUUCUGUAGUAGAGAAAUAUAUCACUCCGUCUAUAUGAUAUUAUGUACAUAGUCAAAGCUUAAAUACUCUCGUAGUUUUAGCGUAGGCUAAGUGACGCGUUUUUGGGCGAUAUCGUGAUCAUUAUGUAUAAAUUAGGCGAUAACGUAAGUCUGUACUAUAAAUGUAGGAACUUUAAUUGAUAUUUUUUAUAUUACCAGUAAUUUUUUUUACUGCAAUUAUUCAAUCGUGCAUAUUAUAAAAUGCAGCUUUAGUUAACGAGAAUCAAGGCAAGCUGUUGCUUAAUUUUUUUUGGAAAAUAACUAUCUACUUAAAUUGUUUGCAUUAUACUUACUAAUGACAAUCGAAGUGACGCAAAGUAAGGUAAUGUGUUUAUCUUUAUCUCUGUAUGUAUGUUUGUACCUUUUUUAUUCUUAUGUCAAUCGAAUUGUCCUAAUUUUGCGACUGUCACACAUCAUGAAAGUUUUAUGAUUGUCCAUCCGCACCGCGGCGCGUUAUCUAAUGCUCGGUCCACAUGUAACGAACGGAGUUGAAAGAAGACUGAGUGUAUGAGAAGGGGACUGAAAAAACGAGCAAUUUGCCGCUUGUGUGCCAUAUUGCCGCUCAUCCAGGGCACUAGGGGUCAAGGUAUAAUGUCUAAACAGACUAUUUUCUUUUGCUAAUUCUAUUUUGAUAUUUAUUUUCUUUGAGAUUGUCACUUUUAUAAUUUAGCGAUUUUAAUUAAAAUAUUAAUAGAUAUUAAUCAUUUUUCGUACUUUUAAAUUAAUGAAAUGAAAAGAUACGACAAACGUUGCUAUUGUAUCUGCCAACUUCACCUGACAUCUGUCAUAUUGACAACAAAAACAAAAUGGCGCGUAACCGAAAAUCGUGAUAAUUUGCUAUAAAAUUUCUCUCAUGCGUCGAUAAAGAAGUUUCACUUCAAUUAAUUUUAUUCUGUGGGACAGUAUGACUUGUAGUUUUAUUUGUUUCAUAUAUAUGCAAUCCAUACUGUAUGAGAACUCGGCCCUAAAAGACUAGAGCGAUCUCACUUCUUGCUCUACCCUGAGGAUACCGUUUUUUGGUCAAGCACAAAAUUUAUUUAUUGUAAUGGACGCGGUUGGCUAUCUACCUCCAGGUGAUAUGUGACUGAUGCGGAUAUUUAUCUUCGUGCGUAAAUGUAACUGUCUGUGUGAGAGCGAGUGAGCCUGCAUGGGUGUGUUAAGGUUUUGUAUUUAUUUUUUAUAUGUGAUCUGAUCCAGACUGAGACAUGCCCACCAUCUGUACAUCUGAAACCCAAUACAAGAGUUGUGUUAUGAUGUUUGAAGAAGACGCCAUUUGCAAGAAAACCGUAUUUUUUGGGAUUCGUAUCAAAAAUGUAAUAGUUUUGAAUAUAUUUGAUACAAUUUAACUAAUUUGUUUUAACAUUAAAUAGUGCUUUAUUUUGCCAGCAGUAACUAAUAUUUAAGUUACAAUGGAACUAAUUAUGUGACAGUGGCUUAAAGAACUGUUUUUUUUUAAAUCGUGCACGCUAAAUAUAAAUUGUAGUAGAAUCAUAUAAAAGUUAUUGAAGGUGCUUUUGCAUGUUGAUAGUGAGUUGUUUUUUACAUUGUAGUUAGUUAUUUGUUAAUAUAUUUUGUAUGAUAAAAGUAACGCUUUAACAAAAUGAGUAAUGUACAACUUUUAACUAACAUUUUUGUACUUCCGUUUCAUAUGUUUCGAAUUUAUGUACAUUUUCAUUAUUUUUUUAUCGUAGUUCAAUUAGGUUAUAUUGAAAUCGAAAUAUCGAAUAUCGUAGUACCUUAAAAGAAUAUCGUUUACAAUUUUAAACGUAUUCUUCACUUAGUUUUAGUAUUAUAUCGCUAAUUGUUACAGAUUUGAAAAUAGUUCAGUUUGUACCUUUUUUUAAUGAGAAUAUAUUUAUUAAUAAAGAGUAAGGAAAAAAGUGAUGA